GCGAGGUCGGCACUCCCCGUCCCCGCGGCUGGCGCAGGACCUCGCUCGAGCGGAGCGCGCACGGGGAGCGGGUCGCGGGGCGGCGGCGGCGAGGAGGCGGCGAGAAGGAGUCGGAGGGGGCGAGGAGGCGAGGGCGGCGAGCCGAGCGGGGUCCCGGCCGCCCCGCGGGCCAAGGUCGACCCUCCGCGCGUGGGCGAGCGCGCCAGCCGGCCCCGGCGCGAGGGCCACCGCCACAAAGAGAACGCCGGCGGCUGCUCCCCAUGACUUCCUAGAGCGCGCGGUCCCCGCCGAGUCCGCUCCCUCCCGGGCCGCGCCCCGCGCCCCCGUGCGUCCCCGCGCGCCCCGACCCGCGCCCCGCCGGCAUGGACGUCCACACCCGCUGGAAAGCGCGCAGCCCGCCGCGCCCGGGCGCCCCGCUGCUGUCCCCACCGCUGCUGCUGCUGCUGCUGCUGCUGUGGGCGCCGCCUCUGAGCCGCGCAGCUCAGCCAGCAGAUCUCCUGAAGGUUCUAGAUUUUCACAACCUGCCUGACGGAAUAACAAAGACAACAGGUUUUUGUGCAACGCGGAGAUCUUCCAAAGGCCCAGAUGUCGCUUACAGAGUCACGAAAGAUGCUCAGCUCAGCGCACCUACCAAGCAGCUGUAUCCUGCGUCUUCAUUUCCCGAGGACUUCUCCAUUCUAACCACUGUGAAAGCCAAGAAAGGCAGCCAGGCCUUCCUGGUCUCCAUCUACAAUGAGCAGGGCAUCCAGCAGAUCGGCCUGGAAAUGGGUCGCUCUCCGGUUUUCCUCUAUGAGGACCACACAGGGAAACCAGGGCCAGAGGACUAUCCCCUCUUCAGGGGCAUCAACCUGUCGGAUGGCAAGUGGCACAGGAUCGCUCUCAGCAUCCACAAGAAGAACGUCACCUUGAUCCUGGAUUGUAAAAAGAAGACCACCAAGCCCCUCGACCGCAGCGACCACCCCGUAAUCGACGUCAACGGCAUCAUCGUGUUCGGAACCCGGAUCCUGGAUGAGGAAGUGUUUGAGGGUGACAUCCAGCAGCUGCUCUUUGUCUCGGACCAUAGGGCGGCUUACGAUCACUGUGAGCACUACAGCCCAGACUGUGACACCGCGGUCCCCGACACCCCCCAGUCACAGGAUCCCAACCCGGAUGAAUAUUACCCAGAAGGAGAAGGGGAAGGUGACGCGUACUACUACGAGUACCCCUACUACGAGGACACAGAGGACCCGGGCAAGGAGCCCGCCCCCACCAACAAGCCCGUGGAAGCUGCUAGAGAGACCACAGAGAUUGCCGAGGAGCAGACUGCAGUCCCCACGGCAGCCCCCUCAGUGCCCGACACCAGCGAGGGGGCCGGGAAGGAGGAUGACCCCGGCCUCGGGGUCUACGACUACAUGCCCAGCGAGGACUACUACACGCCCGCCCCGUAUGAGGACCUGAACUACGAGGGCUUCGAGAAUCCCGACCUGCCCCCCGAUCACGGCGCAGGGGCCGAGGUUCCCACCAGCACGACCAGCACGGCCAACGCCUCCAAUCCUGCUCCGCCUCCGGAAGAUGACUUGGAAGGCGAGUUUACGGAAGAAACCAUCAGGAACCUGGACGAGACCUACUACGACCCCUACUACGACCCCACGGUGUCCCCGUCGGAGAUAGGGCCGGGCAUGCCCGCCAACCAGGACACCAUCUACGAAGGGAUCGAAGGACCCCGAGGAGAGAAGGGCCAGAAGGGAGAGCCUGCCAUCAUCGAACCAGGCAUGCUUAUGGAGGGGCCACCGGGCCCCGAAGGCCCCGCAGGUCUCCCAGGACCUCCGGGAACGAUGGGACCCACUGGCCAAGUGGGUGACCCUGGAGAAAGGGGUCCCCCUGGACGCCCAGGCCUUCCAGGGGCUGAUGGGCUGCCCGGCCCUCCUGGAACCAUGCUCAUGUUGCCUUUCCGCUUUGGAGGGGGCGGUGACGCUGGCUCCAAGGGUCCCAUGGUGUCGGCUCAGGAGUCCCAGGCUCAGGCCAUCCUGCAGCAGGCCCGGCUGGCGUUGAGGGGGCCAGCUGGCCCGAUGGGUCUGACGGGGAGGCCCGGCCCCAUGGGCCCUCCGGGGAGCGGAGGUCUGAAGGGCGAACCAGGAGACAUGGGGCCUCAGGGUCCCCGAGGAGUGCAGGGCCCUCCUGGCCCGGCCGGAAAGCCUGGAAGAAGGGGCCGAGCUGGCAGUGACGGAGCAAGAGGGAUGCCGGGGCAGACGGGCCCGAAGGGCGACCGCGGCUUCGACGGCCUGGCUGGACUGCCAGGGGAGAAGGGCCACCGGGGUGACCCUGGUCCUUCUGGCCCGCCAGGACCUCCGGGAGAUGAUGGAGAUCGGGGUGAUGAUGGAGAAGUCGGGCCCAGAGGGCUGCCCGGGGAACCCGGGCCGCGUGGUCUGUUGGGGCCAAAGGGGCCCCCGGGCCCUCCUGGACCUCCGGGUGUGACGGGUAUGGAUGGCCAACCAGGUCCGAAAGGAAAUGUGGGCCCCCAGGGGGAGCCCGGCCCCCCGGGACAGCAGGGCAAUCCAGGUGCCCAGGGUCUCCCAGGCCCCCAGGGUGCAAUCGGUCCUCCAGGGGAAAAGGGUCCCCUGGGGAAACCAGGCCUGCCAGGAAUGCCCGGUGCUGACGGACCCCCGGGGCACCCUGGCAAGGAAGGCCCUCCAGGAGAGAAAGGAGGCCAGGGUCCACCCGGCCCCCAGGGCCCCAUCGGCUAUCCGGGUCCCCGAGGAGUCAAGGGAGCUGAUGGCAUCCGCGGUCUGAAAGGCACCAAGGGCGAGAAGGGUGAAGACGGCUUUCCUGGGUUUAAAGGCGACAUGGGAAUCAAGGGUGAUCGGGGGGAGAUCGGACCCCCUGGUCCCAGAGGAGAAGAUGGCCCCGAAGGCCCGAAGGGUCGUGGAGGUCCAAACGGCGACCCGGGUCCUCUGGGACCCCCUGGGGAGAAGGGAAAACUCGGAGUGCCAGGGUUACCAGGUUACCCGGGAAGACAAGGGCCCAAGGGUUCUAUCGGAUUUCCUGGCUUUCCUGGUGCCAACGGAGAGAAGGGCGGCAGGGGCACACCUGGGAAGCCAGGACCACGGGGGCAGCGAGGCCCGACGGGUCCGAGGGGCGAACGGGGCCCCCGGGGCAUCACUGGGAAGCCUGGCCCCAAGGGCAACUCUGGAGGCGAUGGCCCCGCUGGCCCUCCGGGUGAACGGGGACCCAACGGACCCCAAGGACCCACCGGUUUCCCUGGACCCAAGGGCCCUCCUGGCCCUCCAGGCAAGGACGGGCUCCCGGGACACCCUGGACAGAGAGGAGAGACCGGUUUCCAAGGCAAGACCGGCCCGCCAGGGCCCCCGGGCGUCGUGGGCCCUCAGGGUCCCACGGGAGAAACGGGCCCAAUGGGCGAGCGUGGCCACCCCGGGCCCCCAGGCCCCCCCGGUGAGCAGGGGCUCCCCGGCCUUGCCGGGAAAGAAGGGACGAAGGGUGACCCAGGUCCCGCCGGCCUCCCUGGGAAAGACGGCCCUCCCGGACUGCGUGGUUUCCCUGGGGAUCGGGGGCUUCCCGGUCCAGUGGGCGCACUCGGACUGAAAGGCAGCGAAGGCCCCCCUGGCCCGCCAGGCCCCGCGGGAUCCCCCGGAGAGAGAGGCCCGGCCGGUGCUGCUGGGCCCAUCGGAAUCCCAGGGAGACCCGGGCCCCAAGGACCUCCAGGGCCGGCUGGGGAGAAAGGAGCUCCUGGUGAGAAGGGUCCCCAAGGCCCAGCUGGCCGAGAUGGCCUCCAGGGUCCCGUGGGGCUCCCCGGUCCAGCUGGCCCAGUGGGCCCCCCCGGAGAAGACGGAGACAAGGGAGAGAUCGGGGAGCCUGGACAGAAGGGGAGCAAGGGGGACAAGGGCGAGCAGGGUCCGCCUGGGCCCACCGGUCCUCAGGGCCCCAUCGGACAGCCAGGCCCCUCCGGAGCCGACGGCGAGCCAGGCCCUCGCGGCCAGCAGGGCCUUUUUGGGCAGAAGGGUGACGAAGGUCCAAGAGGAUUUCCUGGGCCCCCCGGGCCAGUGGGGCUGCAGGGUCUGCCGGGACCUCCCGGAGAGAAGGGCGAGACUGGGGACGUGGGUCAGAUGGGACCCCCGGGCCCCCCCGGCCCCCGAGGACCCUCUGGAGCUCCAGGCGCUGACGGGCCACAAGGGCCUCCGGGUGGCAUAGGCAAUCCCGGUGCGGUGGGAGAGAAGGGUGAGCCUGGCGAAGCCGGAGAGCCUGGCCUGCCUGGAGAGGGGGGUCCUCCGGGACCCAAAGGAGAAAGGGGCGAGAAGGGCGAGUCGGGCCCUUCUGGUGCAGCUGGACCCCCUGGACCCAAAGGCCCUCCUGGGGACGACGGUCCCAAAGGCAGCCCCGGCCCUGUCGGCUUUCCUGGAGAUCCUGGUCCCCCCGGAGAGCCUGGCCCCGCGGGUCAAGAUGGGCCCCCUGGUGACAAAGGGGACGACGGUGAGGCUGGGCAAACGGGAUCCCCGGGCCCUACUGGUGAACCGGGACCGUCUGGGCCUCCAGGAAAAAGGGGCCCCCCCGGCCCCGCAGGCCCCGAAGGCAGACAGGGAGAGAAGGGAGCCAAGGGGGAAGCCGGCUUAGAAGGCCCUCCUGGGAAGACUGGCCCCAUCGGCCCCCAGGGGGCCCCUGGGAAGCCCGGCCCCGAUGGCCUGCGAGGGAUCCCUGGCCCUGUGGGUGAGCAAGGUCUCCCAGGCGCCCCAGGCCCCGACGGCCCCCCAGGCCCCAUGGGUCCCCCAGGACUCCCCGGCCUCAAAGGAGAUUCUGGCCCUAAGGGGGAAAAGGGUCAUCCAGGCUUGAUCGGACUCAUCGGACCUCCAGGCGAACAGGGUGAAAAGGGCGACCGUGGUCUCCCCGGCCCCCAGGGCUCCUCCGGCCCUAAGGGCGAACAGGGCAUCACUGGUCCUUCCGGCCCGAUCGGCCCUCCGGGCCCUCCCGGCUUGCCGGGUCCUCCUGGGCCAAAAGGUGCUAAGGGCUCCUCGGGUCCCACUGGCCCGAAGGGUGAGGCAGGCCACCCGGGACCCCCCGGCCCGCCGGGUCCCCCCGGCGAGGUCAUCCAGCCCCUGCCGAUCCAGGCAUCCAGGACCCGGCGGAACAUCGACGCCAGCCAGCUGCUGGACGACGGGGCCGGCGAGAGCUACGCGGACUACGCGGAUGGCAUGGAGGAGAUCUUCGGCUCCCUCAACUCCUUGAAGCUAGAGAUCGAGCAGAUGAAGCGGCCCCUGGGCACGCAGCAGAACCCCGCACGCACCUGCAAGGACCUGCAGCUCUGCCAUCCCGACUUCCCGGACGGUGAAUACUGGGUAGAUCCUAACCAAGGCUGCUCCAGAGACUCCUUCAAAGUUUACUGCAAUUUCACGGCCGGAGGGGCGACGUGCGUCUUCCCCGACAAGAAGUCCGAGGGGGCCAGGAUCACUUCUUGGCCCAAAGAAAACCCGGGUUCCUGGUUCAGUGAAUUCAAGCGCGGUAAACUGCUCUCCUACGUGGACGCCGAGGGCAACCCCGUGGGUGUGGUCCAGAUGACCUUCCUGCGCCUCCUGAGUGCCUCCGCCAACCAGAACAUCACCUACAACUGCUACCAGUCGGUCGCCUGGCAGGACGCGGCCACGGGCAGCUACGACAAGGCCAUGCGCUUCCUGGGCUCCAACGACGAGGAGAUGUCCUACGACAACAGCCCCUACAUCCGCGCCCUGGUGGAUGGCUGUGCUACGAAGAAAGGGUAUCAGAAGACCGUGCUGGAGAUCGACACCCCCAAGGUGGAGCAGGUGCCCAUCGUGGACAUCAUGUUCAAUGACUUCGGUGAAGCGUCACAGAAAUUCGGAUUUGAAGUGGGGCCAGCUUGCUUCCUGGGCUAGGAGCCGCGAGCCCGACCCCCGAGAGCAACCUCGUGACCUCAGCGCGCCGUCUGCGGGCGUCCUGGACAGUGAAGGUCCCUCGUCCCUCCCCCGACCUCGUCUGCGCCCGGCUCCACGCCGAGCCGGACCCCAGACCCACAGAGCAAAGGAAGAGAGCUGAGUCCCCACCCCGGAGCCGAAUCACAUGACCUAGACGGCCCACCGCCACCGGCACCCCGCUGUCUCAGCGCCCUUCCGUCGCCACCACGCCACGGGGACGGGAAGGGGGCCACACUUCUUGCCACGGAGCGGGGUUGGGGGCUGCACUAUUCGGAGAUCCCUUUUUUUGUUGUUGUUUUUUUUAAAUUCAACUUGAAGAUGUGUAUUUCCCCUUCAAAACGUGUUCUGAGGUGAGCCUUGUAAGGGUCAUCCCCACCUUGCCAGAGUGUCUGUUCUCAACUACACGAUCCAUUCGCGGGCGAAAUGUCGUUCCGCAUGUGCCUUUCCGAUGGAUUCAAGGUGCUUCCGUUUUUGUGAGUUUUAAGUAAAUAUUUGUAUUGUAUUGUCAUAAA